GUCCAUAGUGUGUCUGCGGGCCACAGGGUGAGUGUGAGUUUGACAUGCAAACACCAGGCAGAGAUUUUAACCAUCAAAGUGAUCAUAACUUCUCAGUAGACAUGGUGGACACCCAGCAGCUCCUAGCCUGGCCUGUCGGUUUUAGUCUGAACGCCGUGGACCUGUCAGAGCUGGACGACAGCUCCCACUCCCUCGACAUGAAGCAUUUGUCCACGUUGGACUACGCCUCCAUCUCCUCGUCCUCCAUCCCGUCUUCCUUGUCUCCCUCGCUUGUAUCCUGCAUCUCCCCUGCUGGUGUGGCCUAUGACCCCAGCCCAACGCAGAGCGAAGAACACCUGACCAACAUGGACUACACCAACAUGCACAGCUACAGGAUGGAGCAGGACACGCACAACUCAAUCAAGCUGGAGCCGGAGUCGCCUCCACAGUUUUCUGACUGUCCCGUGUUCUCCAAGCACCAGGACGAUACGCCGGCAGCAGCACUGAACAUCGAGUGUCGCGUGUGUGGAGACAAAGCCUCUGGGUUUCACUAUGGUGUCCAUGCCUGUGAGGGCUGUAAGGGUUUCUUCAGACGCACAAUCAGGUUAAAGUUGGUGUACGAUCACUGCGAUCUUCACUGUCGCAUUCACAAGAAGUCCCGCAACAAAUGCCAAUACUGCCGCUUCCAGAAGUGCCUCAAUGUAGGCAUGUCACACAACGCCAUUCGUUUUGGCCGGAUGCCACAGGCGGAGAAGGAGAAACUGCUGGCUGAGUUCUCGUCUGACAUGGAGCACAUGCACCCGGAGGCAGCAGAUCUGAGGGCUCUGUCCCGGCAUCUGUACGAGGCCUAUCUGAAAUACUUCCCCCUCACCAAGGCCAAGGCCAGGGCCAUCCUCUCUGGGAAGACCGGAGAUAAUGCGCCAUUUGUCAUCCAUGACAUGAAGUCUCUAAUGGAAGGAGAGCAGUUUAUUAAUUGUAAGCAGAUACCCACCCAGGAGCACCAGCCGCAGACGUCUGCCCUAUCAGUCGGACAUGGAGGUCUCAUGGGAGCUCACCUGGGGUCAGAGUGUAACAUUUUGGACGCUGUGGAGCUGCGUUUCUUCCAUAGUUGUCAAUCACGUUCAGCUGAAGCAGUGAGAGAAGUGACAGAGUUCGCCAAGAGUAUACCAGGAUUCAUAAACCUGGAUCUAAAUGAUCAGGUAACUUUGCUGAAGUAUGGUGUGAUCGAGGUCUUAAUCAUCAUGAUGGCGCCUCUGAUGAACAAAGACGGGACCCUCAUUGCCUACGGACAGAUCUUCAUGACGCGGGAGUUCCUCAAGAGUCUCAGGAAACCCUUUUGUCAAAUGAUGGAACCAAAGUUUGAGUUCUCAGUCAAGUUCAACACGCUGGAACUGGACGACAGCGACAUGGCGCUGUUUCUGGCUGUCAUUAUCCUCAGCGGGGACCGUCCAGGCCUGCUGAACGUGAAGCCCAUUGAACAGCUUCAGGAGACGGUUCUUCAUGCGCUGGAGCUGCAGCUGAAACUAAACCACCCAGACUCUCUGCAACUGUUUGCCAAGCUGCUUCAGAAAAUGACCGACCUGCGUCAGAUCGUCACCGACCACGUCCACCUCAUCCAGCUGCUGAAGAAGACGGAGGUGGAUAUGUGCUUACACCCACUGCUGCAGGAGAUCAUGAAGGACUUGUAUUAGAAUUUAACAGGAGAAAAGGACAAGUAAAGAAAAGUUGAAAGAGAGAAUAAAGAGAUUUUAUUUUUGAAAUCAUGACUUUGGAAAUUAAACAAGAAAGCACUUUGUGCUGCGGUUGUGUUGAAAAAAAAGGGAGGUAGCCAGACAGGCUGACUGAAAAUGAGAAAGAGAUGGGGAGGAACAGGAAAAAGAGAAAUCAAGGAAAGAAAGACAGAAUGUGAGUGUUAGAUCUUGUCUAGACAGCAGCAUGUGAAUAACUUGUGGUGCACAGUCAUUUAGCCACUGCUGAGGCUGGCCAUUUUGUGAAUGAGUAGGCUGCCCACUUAAUAUGAAACUACCACCUAUUGCACCAAUCAGCACGAGUGUCUAUGACUAACUGAAAGAGAGGGGACUUUCUUAUUGGCAAGAUGAAGCUUAAAAUUGUGAGCGCUCAACACAGUGAGCUUCAUGUGCCAUGAGGAGAAAUAUAUCACUGUGAAUAUUUUACGCCAUGUGUCACACAGUACAGUAUGUGUUGUUCAUGUGCAGCUUAUCUACACGUUGCGUUACAACCGUCAUAGGCAGCAGCAUAUCUUUGUGAACACGCACAAAUGCAUGAAUACACACACACACACACACACACACACACACACACACACACACACACACACACCACACACACACACACACACACACACACACACACACACACACACACACACACACACACAACAAUGAACAUUUUCUGUUUUGGCAUCAGGGUGAAGGUGCUAUCUCUUUUUAAUCAGCUUUAGCCAAAGUCAGAAAUCAGAUUAUUGCCUGUAACAUAUUUUAGUGUCAGUCAUCUGCAGAAACUGUGAGAAAGUGUGAAGCCAGCAAAAGGCACAUUACCAUGAAGAUGUCAGCUCUUUGUUGAAAAUGAAACAGUAUAUGCCUUAUUGUGCCUUUAAGAGCUGAUGUUUUUUUUGUUUUUUUUUUGUGGAAUUAAUGCCAUUUAAAAAACCUUACAUAUAUUACACAUGUAUAAUAUAUAUUCAUAUAUAUUAUUUUUAUAUGGAUAUAUGGCUUCUCAGCCUUAGUUUUAUUUCAAAUUCUUAAAAAGUAGCUGCAUUCUACUAUGAAAUUAUUUUGUAUAUACGCAAAGUGUGAUCUGUUUGAUCAAUCAGAUGGGGGUUUUGGGAGGGCACGGGGGCAUCUGCUGUCAAAUGGAUUUGUAUUAAUUGUGUGUGUGGCGGGGGGGUCUGUUGUAAAUAAAAUAUUUUCUAACUUUUUA